AUGGAGUCACAAUAUCCCAGUAAGGGAUCCUUGCCUCCCUCGACAAAUAGCACCGCUGCGGAGGAGAGUUCGUCACAAGAGAAAUGCUUGAAAAGGCAACAGGACCUUUCCUCGCCAAGUAAAGCGUUCGACCGCCAUCUGGACGACGAAACAAACUCGCCACCCGUCGUGCAAGGCCUAGCCUCCAACGACGACCAUCGGGACUCCAUCGUCGUAGUAGAGAGCCAAGACCAACAAAAACAACAACAGCUGCAGCAAGGAUCAGAACAAACAUACCAACAACCAGAAACGCCAUAUCGUCGUCGAGAUAUCGUCGAGCAGGCCCGUAGCACGGCGGUCCCGACAAGAGUUCGGGAAGCCGAGAGCCACCAAAGCCAACCACCCCAGCUGGUCUACCAGGUCCGCCGACAGUUUGACAACGAAACCGGUGACGCUACAACAUCGACCACCAGCAGCAGCGAUCGCACCACCACUACCAGUAGCAGUGACCGCACUACCACAAGUAGCAGUCGCAGCAGCAACAGCAGGACGAGCAACCGAUCAAGCAGCCGAUCAACCACAUCAAUAUCAAUCUUGCCGCCCACCAGCUCAUCCGCAUCAUUGACCAAAUCCCCAAGCACCCUGACUACCUCAAUAUCCGCCUCGCCAAACGUCACGCUGUCUCUCCUACCACCGGCCGGGGGCGGCAACUCCACGGGCUCCGGCCCCACCACCACCGUGACCAUCAUCACGGGCCCGCCACCAUCCAAUGCGCCAUCCGCAGCCACCAGCAGCGAUGAGCGCAUGUCCGCCAACCUCGUGCUCGUCGUGACCUUUUGCGCCGUGUUCGGUGCCGUAAUGCUAAUCGGCACAGGAAUCUUCCUGUGGAAGCGGGCGCGGAGGCGAAGGGACCGCAUGAGCGGCUCAACGAGCAAAAGUGGCGGCAUCGGCGGCAAGGGAGGGCAGGGCAGCGGCGGGAAGCGUGGAAAGCGCAGCAAGUACGACGGACCCACGGGCUCGCUGUACGGCGACGACCCCUACGCCACAGCCGCGGGGGAGAUGGAGAACGGGCCCGUGUGGGGUGUCACGCCGCCGUGGGCCGUGGCGGACCUGCCGCUCACCCCGCCGCCCAUAGUGCUGCCGCCCGACCCGAACAGGCGCAUGACCCUGCCAGGUACCAUGUCCAGAACGCUGCCCAAGAUUGUGGCGCAGCGAGCCACCCCGAUGACCGACAGAAGUUCGAGCAACUAUCCACCGUCGAGGAGCGGGAGCAGUGCGUACAGUCCACCUAGGGGGAGGAGUACGAGGGACGAGGGAUACGAUCCCAGCAAUGUGAUAUGA